AUGCCACCAUCCACCAUCCCCUCCGCAUCAGAUGCGCUCGCGAGCCUCACGAAGGCCGCUACAGUAGCGCUCACCGCCGUACAAGGCGUUCAGGAGCAGUCAAAUGCAGAACUUCUUCACCUAAGAUCGGAGCGAGAUGAUGCGGUGAAGGCGAUGCAUAAAGCACAACUAGAUGCAAAGGACUUAGAAGUCAGGGAGAAGGGAUUGAGGACUGCAUUGGACAAAUCAGAGUUUACAGCGAAGCAUCAGGCGGAGACCAUCACGCAACUUCGAGCUGAAGUGCAACAAUGGAAGACACAAGUCGCACGUCUCGAAGACUCUUCACAGCAGGAGAUCGACAAUUGGAAAGAACAGUAUAGGCGGGCGGAUCACGAGCGAGCCAGAGUCGCUCUUCGUUUGGAGGAGAUUGUUGCCGGACAGCUUGCAUGGAACGCCGCUGCCGCGCACGCAUACACCACCCCCUACACCCCACGCUUGCCUUACCCCGACUUGCCUGACAUAGGCGAGCCCUCCACAUCCUCCGGGACAAAGCGCGCCUCGACCUCCCACUCACAUCGCGUCGGCACUCCCCAUACCCACACCCGUCUCCCCGUCGAUGAUGGCUACGACUCCGCCCCCGCCCCUGUUCGCAAGUCGCGCGCACCGCCCAGCUCUAGGAGCAACGCCCACCCUGUUGAGCGCGCGCACUCCCCGCCGCCCCCGUUGCCCCCGCUUCCGCGCGGGGUCGGCACGAAGCGCAAAGACCCGUCCUCGGCCGGCACACGUGGGGCGUCGCGCAAGACGACUGCGCCCGCACGAGCGGCCGCGGCUGCCGUCGCAGUGCAACCACUGCAGAUAAUCAGGCGCGUCACGGCGGUCGUGGACGUGAAGCGCGAGGAGUCGGAGUCGGACCAGGGCAUCGACGACGGCGAGCCCGCGUCAGGGUCGGAGUACUCGUCGGACUUUGACGAGCGGCGGUCGGCGAGCAAGCGGCGGAGGGUGUCGAGCGUGGGGGUGAAGCAGCGGCGGGCCGUGCGGGACUGGGACGCGGGGGUGCAGGCAGCGUACGUAGAGGAGGGGCCUCUUGUGGAGGACGAUGAGGAUGAGCUGCUCGAGAAUUUGAUGCCCCGACGGACGCCAGGAGGCGGCGGGAAAUCGCGGGCGAGCAGCGGAGCAAAGCAAGCAGGGCCCGCGAAGAAGCGUAAGCUCGAUGCGGAUGGUCAACCGUCCGGGCGAGCCGGCGGUUCGAAAGCCGCAAAGACGAGAUAG